UGGAUGUGAAUGGAGACUUGGAGGGGAAACUCUGCCAACAUGUCUACAGUCCUCUGGACGUGUUCUGCAGGACAGACCAGAUGCUGAUCUGCAGUCAGUGUGCAGAGACAAACCACAAAGGACAUGAUACCACUCUCCUUAAAAUAAAGAAAGCUGGAAGACAGCCUAAGAGUUUUGAUGGAGACCAACACACAACGUUGACCUCAGAUGAUGUGCUGCCCCCUCCUGGUGAUAUCCAGGUGCUGUUGCUGACAUUAGAUUCUGUGUCUCUGAGCUGGAGUUCUCCUCAGGGGCUGACAGGACCACAGACAUUCAGAGUGACCUGGGGGUGUGAUGGUGAAACAAGCUCAACAAGAGUGAAAGAUGUGUAUCAUCUUAAAAUAAGCAGUCUCCAGCCUGGUAAAAAGUACCAGUUCAGUGUGGCUACAGAGGGAGAAGAUGGCAGACAAAGCAGAUGGGUCUCAGCAUCUGUAUUUACUGUACUUCCUGCUCCAGACCAGCUGACUGUUGACUCAGUGGACACCACAUCAGCUGCUGUUAGCUGGAACCAGCCACCAGGAUUGGACCAAACCCAACAUCAUUACCAGAUCUCCUACCACUGUCCAGGGACAGAACCACACAUCACUACCACGUCUUCACACAGCAUCACUCUCUCUGACCUGCAAUAUGGUACUCAGUACUCUGUCACUGUCUGCACUGUGCUGGAAAAUGGAAAGCAAAGUCAACUGGUGUCAACAACCCUCACCACAGUACUUCCUGCUCCAGACCAGCUGACUGUUGACUCAGUGGACACCACAUCAGCUGCUGUUAGCUGGAGCCAGCCACCAGGAUUGGACCAAAGCCAACAUCAUUACCAGAUCUCCUACCACUGUCCAGGGACAGAACCACACAUCACUACCACAUCUUCACACAGCAUCACUCUCUCUGACCUGCAACGUGGUACUCAGUACUCUGUCACUGUCUGCACUGUGCUGGAAAAUGGAAAGCAAAGUCAACUGGUGUCAACAACCCUCACCACAAGAUUCCGACUGCCGACACAAAAUGAGGAGCUCCGGAUUGUUCUGGUCGGGAAGGCUGGAUCUGGGAAAAGUGCAGCGGGAAACACCAUUGUGGGGACAAAGAAAAAACCUUUCAGGUCAAGGUUUUCCUCUAUUUCUCUGACAAAAAACUGUGACAAGACAAGAGGGAAGGUGGGUGAGCAAAGUGUAGCUGUUAUCGACACCCCAGGGUUGUUUGAUACUACAUUGUCCAAUGAGGAGGGACUGAGAAAGAUUGCUCUGUGCAUCUCUCUCUCUGCUCCUGGUCCCCAUGUGUUCCUGGUUGUGAUCAGGCUGGGAAGAUUCACUGAAGAGGAGCGGAACACUGUGGAGAUGAUUCAGAGAUUCUUUGGUGAUGAAGCAUCAAAAUACACCAUGGUUCUCUUCACACAUGGAGAGAGUCUUGAUGAUGAUGUAACAAUUGAAGACUUCCUGAUUGAAAAUCCAGAUCUGAAAACAUUCAUUUCCCAAUGCAAUGGGGGAUAUCAUGUUUUCAACAACAAAGCUAAGAAUAGCAACCAGGUCCCCGAGCUGCUUCAGAAGAUAAACAAGAUGGUCAUGAGGAAUGGAGGAAGCCACUACACCACUGAGAUGUUCCAGGAGGCUGAGAGAGCGAUUGAAGAGGAGAAGAACAGGAUCCUGAGAGAGAAAGAAGAGAUGAUGAAUAAACGGAAGGAAAACAAACUUGAACAUGAGGCUAGAGAGAAAGCUGAGAGAACUAACAGCUAUACGGCAGAACGGUGCAAUACUCAAUGAAAAUCUAAAACAAUGAUGUACCAUCUAACAAUGCUGUUCCAUCUAACAAUGCUGUACCAUGCCCAUCUACCAUUUGUUUGACUUGAUGACUUCUAAUACUCAAAAAUGUAACUGGUUAUCCACAUCAUUAAAUGUUCUGACUACU